CUGGCCACCACUUCAGCCUAUAUACAACUCGGUCUCACGGGGUCGCACGCCAGCAACACUCGGCAUCCCACUUCUCAUCCCCCCGCCACCACGCCGUUCAGAACCCUCUUCCGCGCUGGCCCGGCCAUGGCCUGGCUAUCUAGUGGACGCACAAACACCGAGCUCGUCGACCGCAUGGUGGCCAACGGGCUCAUUGGUUCCGACCGCGUCGCCGAGGCCAUGAAGGCUGUCGACCGCGGCCAUUAUGUCAACUCUGCUGCAGGCGCGUACGACGACUCGCCCCAGCGCAUCGGCUUUAACGCCACCAUCUCCGCCCCCCACAUGCACGCGCACGCUUGCGAGAUGCUCCUCCCUUUCCUCGACGAGGCGGACGCCAAGCACGGCGCCAUCCUCGACGUCGGCAGCGGGAGCGGAUAUCUGACUGCCGUGUUCCACCGCCUCGCCCCAGGUGCCACGGUCAUCGGGAUCGACCACCUCGACGGCCUGGCGCAGCUUGCCCGCGACAAUCUCGCCAAGGACGGGAUCCAGACUGGUACCUCUCCUGGCAUCGACAUUGUCUGCGGCGACGGGCGGGCUGGUUGGCCUGCGAACGCGCCGUACCAAGUUAUCCACGUUGGCGCGGCGGCGCCCACUGUCCCCACUGCGCUUGUGGAGCAGCUCGCAUCGCCGGGUCGCAUGUUCAUCCCCGUUGGCACCGAUAGACAGGCUAUCUGGCAAAUCGACAAGGACGCCGAUGGCAACGUCACCCAGAAGCACCUUUUCGGCGUCAUGUAUGUGCCCCUUACGGACCGCGCCAAGCAGUGGUCCGGCAACUAAAUUGUGUAUAGCCUGUCCCUAGGUGGGCGGCUGAGAGGAAUCGAGGAGAUCUGGGUGGGUGAGGAGGCGUCAAGAAGAUGGCCGGCUUAGGAGUGGGAACGAUGCCAGUGCGGGGGGUCCAAGCAAGACUGCGGAAGCUGCAUGUUGGAGGCAGUGCCCCGAGAAAGUAGUGUGUAUCUCCAUUCUCCCCUCAUCCCAUUAGUGCAAACUGCCGUGUACAAAACACCUGUAUGCAUACGAAGGUCGUGGACUG